AUGGAAAAAACCAAUAAAGUAGAUAUUUACCUGGAAGGAAAAAAAGUACCAUUAGGUAAUCUUCAUCCUAUUACCCAAAUUAUCCAAAAAAUUUAUGAUAUGCUUAUUCCUUUGGGUUAUCAAAUUGUAGAAGGAUCAGAAAUAGAAACCGAAGAGUAUAAUUUUAACAAGUUGAAUAUUCCGCCAGACCAUCCUGCCCGAGAUAUGCAUGAUACUUUCUAUCUCAAUAGUGAUUUAUUGUUACGUACCCACACUUCUAAUACUCAGGUGCGAAUAAUGGAAAGCAAUCCUAAUCAAGAAUUAAAAGUUGUUUCAGCAGGAAAAGUUUAUCGCCGAGACGAAAGUGAUAGAACUCACACUCACCAAUUUACCCAAUUAGAAGGUUUUGUGGUGGGAAAAAAUGUCAACUUUUCUCAUUUGAAAGGAACCUUAGAGUUAAUUUUAAAAAAAAUCUUUGGUAGAAAACAUCCGCUUCGUUUUCGCCCCGCUUACUUUCCUUUUACCGAGCCAAGUGUGGAAGUAGAUGCUGGUUGUGUUGCUUGUCAAGGUAAAGGCUGUAACAUUUGUAAACAAACUGGUUGA